AUGUCAACAAAGUCCGUCGUCUCGCUUCCGACUCUUCGCAACUGUCCUUCUUGUGACAUUUCCACCCUUUCCGGCUCUUCUUUUACUCCGACGGACACUGUUACGCCCGGAACUGCCUACUUUCUACGGGGAGUGGAUCCUGUUAACUGGUCAGUUUCUCAUCACGCCGCAUUUUCUCCUGUGGAUUCUUCAGGUGCGACGUGGCUCAGAUUAACUGUAUACCGGAGGACGGAAGCAGUCAAACCGUGACUAUCAGUGUGAUCGUGGUAAUUCAGAGAAUUCACAUUUGAGCGCACUUCCGUUUUUCAGGAUUCGCAGAGCACGGCGGUGGCAACGGGAUGCGGAAGUGCGAGUUCGGCGGCCAAUGCGCUAUUGUGCAGUUCUGGAAAUGUGUGGACGUAUAAGUGAGUCAACAUCUCAACCGUUUCUAUUCCGUACUUGUUCCAGUGGCCGAUCGGAUUUCACUGUGGAAUGCCGGGUCUCUUCUACCACUUGCUAG